AUGCGCAACGUCGCUCUUGCUGCUCUGCCCCUGUUGGCCUCCUCCGCCUCGGCUCUGGCCGUCGGAUCCGGCAACCACCGCGGCCAUUCUCACUUCCACCAGAAGAGGCAGGAAGCCGAUGUCGACAUCCAGAUGGAAGUCGUCACCGUCUGCGAGCUGAACGGUUCCAUCAUUCCCCAGGAGGAGUGCGACGCGGGUAUCGCUGCCGGCCGCCUGAUCUGGGCCGACGGUGAGCUUUCCAUUGCUGCCGCCUCCUACGCGCCCCCGACCAGCUCCUCGGCGCCCCCGUCUUCGUCGUCCACCUCGGCUGCCUACACGCCGCCCCCCUCCUCUUCUACUACUACCCCCACUCCCACCCCUACUCCUACGCCGUCCAGCACCUCCACUUCUGAGGAGAGCAAGCCCACCAAGAGCUCUUCUUCCUCCUCUUACGGCAAGGGCAUCGACGUCCCGUUCCCUGACGACAUCCCCUGCUCGGAGUUCCCCAGCGACUAUGGUGCCGUUCCGGUUUCUUGGAUGGGUCUUGGUGGUUGGAUUGGUAUCCAGACGGCCAACAUUGUCACCGCUAGCAGCCUUGACGACAUCAUGACCACUGUUGCCGACAUGUGCUUCGGCGAGGACUGCUGUACUGAGGGCGCCUACUGCUCUUACGCCUGCCCUGCCGGUUACCAGAAGGCCCAGUGGCCCGUUGCUCAAGGUGCUACCGGCCAGUCCGUCGGUGGUCUUCUCUGCUCCGACGGAAAGCUUACCCUCACCAACCCCAACUUCGACACGCUCUGCAUCAAGGGUUCCGAGAAGGUUACCGUCCAGGUCAAGAGCGAGCUCAGCGAGCAGGCUGCCAUUUGCCGUACCGACUACCCUGGUACCGAGGCCAUGGUCAUCCCCAUCGACGUUCAGCCCGGUAAUGAGCACCCGCUCACCUGCCCUGAGCAGGACAGCUACUACCAGUGGCAGGGCAAGGCCACUUCCGCCCAGUACUACCUCAACCCUCUUGGUGUCGGUGUCGAGGAAGGCUGCACCUGGUCCAACGGUGACAAGCCCAUCGGCAACUGGGCUCCCAUCAACCUUGGUGUCGGCUACUCGGCCGGCGCUGCUUGGCUCUCGAUCUUCCAGAACAAGCCCACGACUCUCGAGAAGCUUGACUUCAACGUUGAGAUCCAGGGAGACAACAUGUCGGGCACUUGCAAGUACAUCGUCGGCAAGGGCUUCUGCUCUGGCAAGACGUACGAUAGCUGCAACAACGACGGUUGCACUGUCUCCGUCUCUUCCGGAACUGCCACCUACAUCCUCAGCGACGCAUAA